GCCACUAGGGGACGCUUAAAGGCAGGAGUUGAACAUCGGCUGUUAAGGAAAAAGGAAGAAGAAGAAGAGUUUCCUGCACCUAAACACUAGCCACGUUAUUGUGUUGCCUGAUCGAAAUAGAUUUAUAUUUGAUUUGUCCAGGAAUACGUUUAAAAAAUGAUCAUUACUGUUAAGCCGCUUCAGGGGAAAGAAUGCAGCGUACACGUGAAAGAAGAUGAGAAGGUUUCCACGGUGAAAGAACUUGUCUCUGAACGUCUCAACAUAGCGGCCAAUCAGCAGCGCUUGCUUUAUAAAGGCAAAGCGCUGGCUGACGAACACCGACUAAGCGACUACUCCAUCGGGCCAGAAGCCAAAUUAAAUCUAGUGGUCCGUCCGGCGGGAGAGAGGACGGGGUCUUCAGGGACGACGGCCAACAGCAGCACAACACGUGGAGGAGUGUGGCAGAGCGUGUCCACCAUCCUUGCUAAACACUUCAGUCCUGCAGAUGCUGCAAAAGUCCAUGAACAGUUGAUUAAGGACUACGAGCGCUCACUGCGACAGCUAAGUUUAGACGACAUCGAGCGUUUGGCCGGGAGGCUGCUUUACCCCGAAGGCGACGGCAUGGACACGUCGUCGUACAUGGACUAAGUGCUGCACUGUCACUGUGCUGAUCCAGGAUGCUGCACACAGCUCACACACUUUGCAGUCAUGUGAGGUGAAAGAAAGAGCUUUGAGCACAGAUCAUAGUUGGUGUCUGUGAUAGCCACUGCAAGAGGUGAUCACACAAUAUUUGAACACACAGGAAUCGAUCAUAUCAUAUUUGCCUGCUACAACAUCCCAGGGAACACUUGUGUUUGAGGAUAUUUAUUUUCAGUGUCAGUACUUUUUGAUCUCAUUGUAUGAUUUGUAAAUAGUCUGUUUAUAUUCCAAUAUUAGAACAGAAUAAACGUGAUUCCAGUC